AUCAGAGCGGGUUCAUCCCCUGGUUCCUCCUAGAAUGUCUGGAAAGUUCUCUGCCCUUAUUUAAACGGCGAUCAAAUCCCAGACAGCGAGACAACGUGGACUUGAAGUAACCCAAAACGAAAGCUCAAAGUCUGCUCGGACAUAAUUGUGAAAACUGCACAAGGAAAGCAGAGUCUCAUCAUAGCUACUUGGAAGCUUUAGUGUGCGUAGUGUUUACAGUAGCACUAACAAGUAGCUUAGGCCAGCACAGCUUUAUACUGCCACAGUUAGCUAGCUAGCGUUAGUCAGGUUGCUUCUUGCUUCACUUGGUACUGCACUCGCCGAGGUAUAAACAUUGUGUAGCUAGCUUUAGCAAACACUGCCAAGUUAGUGUCAGUUCGCUUUGGACUGUGCUGCAGGUCGGAGUGGGAGGAGGAAGAAAUUUUCAUGACUAUGACUGCAGAGGAACAAGCAAGUGAAGGACAAAACACAAUCCCAAUGGAGGGAGAGGACAUCACACCAAAGAAAGAUGGGGGUGUUUUGAAGUUAGUGAAAAGGGAAGGCGCAGGCAUCGAGCUGCCUAUGACUGGUGACAAAGUUUUCGUACAUUAUGUGGGCACACUUCUGGACGGUACUCAUUUUGACUCAAGCAGAGACAGAGGAGAGAAGUUUUCCUUUGAAUUGGGCAAAGGCCAAGUAAUAAAGGCAUGGGACAUUGGUGUAGCCACGAUGAAAACAGGGGAAUUGUGCCAGCUUAUCUGUAAACCCGAGUACGCUUAUGGGUCUGCAGGGAGCCCACCAAAGAUACCCCCCAACGCCACUCUUGUAUUUGAGGUGGAACUAUUCGAUUUUCAUGGUGAGGACUUGACAGAAGAUGAAGAUGGGGGAAUCAUUCGCCGCAUUAUCACCAAAGGCCAGGGAUACUCCAAGCCCAAUGAAGGAGCUGCAGUUGAAGUAACUGUGGAAGGCACAUUUGAGGGACGUGUGUUUGACCAGAGAGAAUUAAAGUUCGAGGUCGGAGAUGGGGAAAAUCUCAGCUUACCAGUAGGAGUAGAGAAAGCCAUCAUGUCUAUGGAGCAGGGAGAGGAAGCACUCAUCUCUCUUAAGCCUAAAUAUGGCUUUGGAAAUGCAGGAAAUGGAAAAUUUAACAUUCCUGGUGGUGCAAUGUUGCAGUACAAGAUCAAGCUGGCAGCUUUUGAGAAGGCUAAAGAGUCCUGGGAGAUGAACACAGUCGAAAAGCUGGAACAGAGCGGCAUUGUCAAAGAGAAGGGAACACAAUAUUUUAAGGAGGGGAAAUUCAAGCAGGCAUCAGUACAGUACAAAAGAAUUGUGACAUGGCUGGAACAUGAAACAGGUCUGCAAGAAGAGGAUGAGAAGAAAGCAAAAGCAUUGCGACUGGCAGCACACCUGAACUUGGCCAUGUGCUUCCUUAAACUGCAGGAGCCAAACCAAGCUCUAGAAAACUGUGACAAGGCUCUGGAGUUGGAUGCCUCCAGUGAGAAGGCAUUGUUCCGGAGGGGAGAGGCGCUGUUUGGUAUGAAGGAGUUUGAAAGAGCCAGAGAUGACUUCCAGCGAGUUAUUCAACUCUACCCUGCUAACAAAGCUGCCAAGAGCCAGGUGAUUCUCUGUCAGAAACGUAUUAAGGAGCAACACGAGAAGGACAAGCGCAUCUACGGCAACAUGUUCCAGAAGUUUGCAGAGAGGGAUUCAAAGAAAGAAGCAGUGAAGGUGAAGACUGAGAGCAAAGAAAACGGCAGCGAAGAGAUGGAGGUUGAGAACGGGGAAAAGGAAACAGAGAGAGAAGCAAAGUAGUAAAUGUUUAAGACCUAGAUGUGACUGUAAUUCGGUUCAUCUGUACUUCAGACUUUUGUAACUUCAGCCAUUUGUGUUUAAGGUGUGACUGCUUGUACAUGAAGUGUGUGUGUGUUGUGGGGGGGGGGACAGAAAGAUCAAGUAAUGUUUGUAAGAGCACUGACUUAUGGGCGUAUCUGUGCUGGCUUUCUUUAUGUCUAAGCUUUUUUUUGCUGUGGCAGCUAGCCGAGCGGGUGGAGCUCUCUAGCGGAUGGCACUGUGGGACAUGGUUAUAUUAUGUGAAAUGUCUGCCACCACCCCACCCUGAACCCUUGCAACCCACAGCUUCGAACUGUGCAUGUAAUUUCACAGCGUUUUGGGUAGGAAAAAGUGCAUCCAAGUGUUAUGUGCAGAGUUUCAAACCCUCACCCGUCAAGGGCUAGACCAUAUACCUUGCACUACCUUCUGUCUUGCUCCCCCUUGUGUUUUCGCUGUCCAUCCAACCCUUCUAUCAUGGGCCUACUGAUCAAUUUUGGAGUUGUGAUGGAUGCGUUACAGAUUUCAUGUGUUUGAAUGUUGGAGUGCCUGUGUUCUAAAGUACGUAUGUAGCGGAACUGUGGAGUAAUAAGACAUUAGCCUGGAAUAGCUGUCAGACUUCAAGCUUCUCUCUCUGUCUUAAGCUGGAGCUCCCCUUUUAGCCCCCAUGGGUACAGGACUGUUCACCUUUGCUUUGAAAAUAUUGAUUUUUGUACUUUUUUUCCAGUGUUGUGCUUGUGAUUUCUGUAUUAUUCUCGAAAUGAUAAAUACAACUUACUUAACUGGAAUAUGUGCGUUUAAAGCAGCUAGAAAGGACAUUAAUUAGCUUUUACUGGACAUACUCGAGUAAUAAACAAGUCUUAGUCUUAAUUUACUGCAAAAAGUACAUGUGUAAAUGUGUGCAAAUGCGGCUCGUCGGUUUCAUGCUGUAAUAACCAGAAGAAAACAUGAGCCCUGUUUGUUUUCAGUCAACAGCACCUGAUGAGAGGCAGAAAUGUCACAGGGGGACUAAAUUAAAACAGGAUUGUAGGUGAUUUGUUUAGUACUGAGUUUAUGUUUGUCUAUUGGAAUGGUCUCUGCUUGGUCUGCCCUGACAGAAGGAUAUAAUAAAUAAUAGAGACAACCA